AUGUUCAUCGGCGGUUCACAUUUGGAAUAGGAUGUGAGGGUUAUGAGCAGUUUAACCCACCGGGGUGCCUUCUUUUUGUCUUGGAGAGUUCUUUUCAAAAGUUCAACUCCAAAGAGUACACCGGUUCAAGUACGUACAGAAUACAUAAGCACGCAGUUGUAUCUGCAACCCCCAAAUGUUGCAUGUUUUCUCACUCGCAUGUCAUUGAAUAACUUGCCCAGUGUCUAAUCCUACCGCUUGCUACGUUGCCAUGACCAAAGCCCGGCAAAAUUUUGACCAUCUUGCAUGGAGUCUAAAUGAAGAGGCUUGGAAGAAAUCCUACAAGCGGCUUCGACUCAAAUCGACCUGUCGUCAGGUUGAGUCUUUUGUCCAGGAUGUUUGCGAUCAGCAUGCAUCCUUCGUCCCUCCAGUUACCUUUGGCGGGUAUAAUGUUCUCUAUCGAGUCCGCUGCGAAGGAGAUGGCUUCGAUACUAUUGUUCGGCGACCGUGCCCCGAUCUGGUACAGUUCCCCGCAGAAAAGACUCUCUAUGAAGCUGCAACGAUGUCUUACCUUGCCAAACACACUGAAAUACCGGUUCCUAUGCUCUUCUUUUACACUUCAUCAUCAUCAUCAUCAGAAAUCGGACCGGCUAUGAUCUUACCAUACAUAGAAAGUAGGCGGAACAUGUCAGAUGCCCUUGCGAAGCCUGAUCAAGAUCCUGAGGAGACACAGGUUCUGGACCCAGGGAUACAUGAAGAGGAUCUCAUAAGGCUUUAUUGGAAGAUGUGCAAGCUUCUGAUCCAGCUCUUCAAGCCAAGCCUGGAUAAGAUCGGGUCCUUAGUUGAGCGUAACGAGAAUCAUUCAGUGGCUGGCCGACCAAUCACCCAAAAUAUGGACGACAUGGUCUAUAUGGCCUCUAUUCCGAGAUCAGUUUUCCCACCAUCGAACCAGGUUUAUCAGAGAGCCGACGAAUGGUACACCGUUUCGGCAUCUAUGCACAUGGCACAGUUGCUUUUCCAGCAUAACGAUCUUGUUCAAUCAGAGGACGACUGCCGAAAUAAGUACGUAGCGCGAUACUUGUUUCAUUCACUGGCAAAGAAGGGUCAAUUGUCUACCUUUGGAUUUCUUGAGGAUAAUUGGUCAGCCCAGUCCAAGUUUUUGGAAUUAUCGUGCCCGAUGCCAAAUAGAACUGGCUCGUUUCGACUUUGGUGUGACGAUCUGAGGCCCCAUAAUAUUCUUUUAAACCUUAGCGAUAAUAUCGAGGCAGCUCUUGACUAGGAGUUUGCAUAUUCCGCUCCUACGCAGUUCAGCCUCGAUCCGCCCUGGUGGCUGUUGUUGGAGCUUCCAGAGCUGUGGUCUUCUGGAAUCGAUGAUUGGUCGCGAGUCUACGAUGACAGACUCAGACCCUGGCUACUUGCAAUGGAAGAUGCCGAACAAGGAGAGGAUAUCAACUUUCCGGGGAAACUAUCAACUUAUAUGCAUGAGAGCUGGUUGAGUGGUCGCUUCUGGCUUGACUACGCUACGAGAAAGAGUUGGGUAUUCGAUACGAUAUUCUGGAAGUACUUGGAUGAGAAGUUCUUUGGGCCUAGAGAUAAGGAUAUACAAGAGUCUCAGUUUUGGGCAACAAGGGUUCAUCUUCUAGGGGAGGAGGCCCAAAGGUCUAUGGAAAUGAUCGUGGAAAGAAAGAUGAAUGAGGCAAAGGAGAGAGUCCUGGUGGAUUGGGAUCCGGCUACAGUGAAGCAGCUUCUUCAACAGGCGUUGGGA